UGGUAGUAGUAGUAGUAGUAGUGGUAGUAGUAGUAGUAGUAGUGGUAGUAGUAGUAGUGGUGGUAGUAGUAGUAGUAGUAGUAGUAGUAGUAGUAGUAGUAGUAGUAGUAGUAGUAGAACGGCGGCGGCUGUCACGAUUUUUCUUUCGGAAACCGCAACCGUUAGUGAUUCAACUGUAGCAGCUACGCCAGACAGGGGGUUGUCAGACCCACAUUUGGUGUGCUAAAUGACGGCGUAGCAGGAUGGACAGCAGACAUAGGCUCAAGUUUCGCAGCCGCCACAUCGACUCCUUCGCACAUCCCAGUCCGCGCUAGAUUGGCAGAUGUCAGGCGGCCCGUCCACUAGUUGAAGUCCUCCAGCUCCGAUGGUGGAUUAAGGCAAAGAGGUUGAUUCUGUCGCCUUUAAUCGUUAAGACAACUAGUGAAGUAAGGCAUCGUGUCAGCAGGAGCGUCGUCACUGUACGGGAUGAACAUUUCUGACUUGCCUUCUUCCAUCGUUAGCCUGCCAUUUCCCCUGUUCUAGUCGAGGAGACAGCCGGUCCGAGUUUGACGCUCCAUCAGUUGAAACACUGGCUGGCGCUCCAUUGUUCACGUUCAGGGACAUUCAGAAGCACGCGACUGUCGACUUAGCCUGACCGCCAUUGAGCUCCGAUCUGGGACGCACGCAGACUGUCGAGCAAUCGAUGAGUAGCAUUGUCAACAAGGAACCGGAAUAGUAGUUUUUGACUCACUGGCGGCCUUCACGCCCAAACCGCAAGGCCUGACCGGAUUGGUCGUGUCAGCGCCGUUCUAACGCCAUCGGCUGCUCUCGAUAGGGCUGCUGUUGUCAGAGGACCGUUAACCGCCUCGGUUCGAUCGCUUCUCACCCUGCCGCGUCUGAAUCAAGGCUUAUAGCUGAUGCCUUGCGACUGCACCAAACACAACUAAGCUUAGAUGAGGACUUUGUUCACCGGAAUUUGAUGAUGCCCGAUUCCGGCGCGGCACCCUCCUCUGACGGGCCCUGAGAGUUAAAGCCGUCAUCCCUGAAAUCGUUUUCCAGCCCCUUAAGCGGACCUCUCCUACCCAAUCUUCGAAACAUUAUUCCAUCCGAUCACCUUGGCCAAAUAGAGUUCGCGGGCAGUUAUCAUCGGCAGUACAGUACAGGUUGAUUCUGGACUUCGCACUUCUGCACUCGCAUUGAAACCGAUGUGUUCAAGUUUUUUGGAGAGGACAGUGCUCACUGGCACGGCAGGGACUGCAUGAGCAGAGCGGUCGAAGUUAGAUUAUGCCUGACAAACGGAAUCUGUCACUUUUCUCAUGCUACCUCCCGCUCCUUGUAGGUCACUCCAGCACAGUCGCGUGCCCUCAAUCGUCCCUGCAUCCUGCUUGGCUUCUAUGAUGUCCACGACGUCUGGCACUUUCUCUCCUCAAUUUCCAUGUUCUUCUCCUUUAUGGUAGGUUUCCACCUUGGCUACGUGUUACUGUCAUUCUUGCUAUCUCUUUGCCUUGUCCGAUGUUCCGACAGUCGCUCCUGUUGGGCGUACGCGCAGAGAUCGGUGUACUGCAACUCCAGUGAAGCAUUUAUGUCCCUCCGCUGAUGGCGGUCUCUGUAAGCCUCAUUUCUCCAUAUCCCAGCUGACAGUCCGAUUAGACGAUCACCACCCAAUGGGUCAGAAAUGUCUGACUGCCCUUUGACCCAAUCGAAGUCACCUAACGCUGAGGUAGUCUCGAUAAGAAGAAUUAGGGACUCCUCUGUCGAGGAUGUCAGGUCAUCCGUGAAAGACGGCUGAGACGGUUUGGGCGUGUUCUUCAUUGUCCGCGCCAUGAGCUCAGUGCUGUGUUGCCCGCCUGGAGGCGUCGAAGUGGGUGCCUGGCUCAGUUACUGGACCACCGGUAUUCGAUCUUCAUGGCUGGAGAAUGGUCCAGGUCGUUCAAGUCCACCGACGCGGGGAUGUACGACCCGCGACAUCGAGGCCAGCCAGAUCAGGCAUGAUCACAACUAUAUCGCGCACAAGCGCCCUCGUAAAGGAGAUCAAACCUGACUUCUGCUUCGGUAGUCGCUCUCCCCGGGAGUGACUAGCCCAACCUAGGCCAUUUCCAGUUGGUAGUUUGCAGAAUCGACUCUGUGGGCGCAACAUGUGUAAGUUUUACUCCGAUUAACCGAAUUUCUACGGCCUGCGUCCAGAAACGCCCGUCACCUGUCGCCUUGUAUUUGUUCGGUCCCAUCGAGUCGUCACUAGCUCGUACCUGAGACCCGGAGGCACCCUCUGGGGGAGGCUGAGGUGCAGAGAGUCCCUCGUAAAUUCUUUUGUCUGAGCUAUGGACGCUGUAUGGGCUUACUCAUUAUGCUAAUACCCGGUGUUUUUUUUUAAAUUUCUCUAGUCCAUCAUGACGCUUGACGAUGACUUGGUAACCACCCCUCGAAACAACAUCCCCGUAUUCUGA